AUGACGAAGGCAGACGGAGUGGACUACGUUGAUCCUCCGGCAGCGCCUCUGCUGGACCUGGCAGAACUGCGGAGAUGGUCUUUCUACAGGGCAGUUAUUGCCGAGUUCAUGGCCACUCUCCUCUUCCUCUACGUCGCCGUGGCCACCGUGAUUGGGCAGCUGAAGCAGGAAAACAAGUGCGACGGCGUAGGAACCCUCGGCAUCGCCUGGGCCUUCGGCGGGAUGAUCUUCGUCCUCGUGUACUCAUUACAUAUAUCUAACUCAAACCUUUGGAGCAGGUGGCCACAUAAACCCCGCAGUGACGUUCGGGAUGUUUCUUGCAAGGAAGUUGUCCCUGGUGAGGGCAGUCAGCUAUGCGGUGGCCCAGUGCCUGGGAGCAGUGUGUGGGGCUGGGCUUGCAAAGUCCAUCAUGAAACGCCCCUACAACUCGUUGGGCGGCGGCGCUAACCUCGUCCAGCCUGGGUACUCCACGGGCACCGCUCUCGGCGCCGAGAUCGUUGGUACCUUUCUCCUCGUUUACACCGUUUUCUCCGCCACCGACCCCAAGCGCAAGGCCCGAGACUCCCAUGUCCCGGUAAACAAAUACGCAGACCUCUCCCUUCACAUCUUCCAGAGUUAAGCUGCUUGAUCUUCUUAGGACGAAUCACACUGAAUAUCUCUCUCUCUCACUCUCUCUCUCUCUCUCCCCCAACCCCUCUCCCUCUCUCGGCGUUUCAGGUGCUAGCGCCACUGCCCAUAGGGUUCGCCGUCUUCUUAGCGCAUCUGGCCACUAUCCCCAUCACCGGCACAGGGAUCAACCCCGCUCGUAGCUUCGGUACCGCCGUCAUCUACAACCAGAAGGCAGCGUGGGACGACCAGGUAAUAAUAUAAACUUUAUUACUGUUUGUCUCUUCCAAAGCCGUUUGACGAGAAGUUUCCUCUCCUUCCUCUGCCUGGGUUUAGUGGAUAUUCUGGAUAGGUCCCUUGACCGGGGCGGCGAUUGCGGCUGGCUACCACCAGUAUGUCCUUCGAGCUUUGGCCAUGAAGGCACUGUCAUCGCUAAGGAGCACCACCUAG